GACAUGUCCGUUCUCGUAUAAAUAAGAUAACGCAUUGGAACAAUCUUUUAUCGAUCGUCAUUGAUAAAACUUUAUGUGUUGUUGUAUAUUAGGUCAGUUGGAUUAAGAGACUUCUCCUUUUCACAUAUUGAAAGGAGAAUCUCAUUUCCUUCGUGCGCCGAUCCGUGAGAAUUUUUUUUUCCAUCCACGCUUUAACUUAAACUGACAGCCUCUACGGUGGUGUGAUACGAGGGUACGAAGAAAAGAAAAAAAAUGGCUUGUACUUCUUCCAUAACACAGUACAAGUGUGCGCUGUCAUUCCUCAUCAUUGCUUGGCUAGCACUUCAAACAUAUGCAGACAAAGAACCUCAUGAAGACAGUAAAGAGGAUAUAUCGAUAGAACAUGGGAAAAGUAGUAAAGAAAUUAAAGGGACAGAGGCUCCUUUGAAUGAUCUGGGAUUUGCUCAUGCAUUUAUAGCUUCUUUAUCUGUAAUUAUUGUAUCAGAACUGGGUGACAAAACUUUCUUCAUUGCUGCUAUAAUGGCAAUGAGACACUCACGACUGGUUGUAUUUAGUGGAGCUAUUCUUGCAUUAGUGAUAAUGACUUGCAUAUCAGGUAAAUUCUUUGGAUGGGUAACCGUGAUUAUACCCAGAGUUUACACCUACUGGAUAUCUACAGCUUUGUUUGCCAUAUUUGGACUUAAAAUGUUAAAGGAGGGGUAUUCAAUGUCUCCAAACGAAGGACAGGAAGAGUUUGAAGAAGUGCAGUCUGAUUUGAAGAAACAAGAAGAUGAGGAAAAAGAAAAAGAAACGACACAGCUACUAGAUGAAGAAACUGGAGGUUCGUCAGUGCAGAAGACUCUGAGUGUACGUCAGCGGAUCUCAGGAUACAUACCCAAAGUGUUUCUGCAAGCGUUAACACUUACCUUUCUGGCCGAAUGGGGUGAUCGUUCUCAGUUGGCAACGAUAAUCUUAGCUGCUCGAGAAGAUAUCUUUGGUGUAAUGCUAGGAGGCGUUUUAGGACAUGGUCUGUGUACAGGCUUAGCGGUAUUAGGUGGAAGAAUGAUUGCCCAAAGAAUUUCCGUCAAGACAGUGACACUCGUCGGUGGAGUUGUGUUUCUCAUAUUUGCAGUAUCGGCAUUGUUUUUUGAUCCCGAAUCAUAAAUUGAUGAUCUGCCAUAUCACAAAUACGUUUCGGAAAUUUAAAUAAAUAGGCCAAUUGUUGUCAAUCUUUUUUCACCAGCAAACGCGCUGAAGAGCCUGAAAUACAAAUUCUGCUGUUUCGAGUA